AUGACACUAACUGGAAAACUGGGUGAAAAUAAUUCGAUGCUAAAGGCAUUAAAACCAAUUCAUAUGUUAACACGUAUAUUUGGUGUCAGUGGAUUUACAACCAAUGAAAAUCAGCAAAUAAUCCCGGUUUAUGUACAAAAUUUACGUCAUGUCUAUGAUGUUUUACGUGAUACAUCAGAGUUAUUGAUUGAAAUAUAUGGUUUUGUAAUAUUAAUAAUGUUUCCAUAUUUCAUAAUUGCAAUUAUUCAAAGUAUUUUUGCAUCGGUGGAAUAUGUUGACCAUCAUUUGAGAGAUCAUAUUUCACUAACAUCGCUCAUUGGAUACACACGUAUAUCAUGGGUGUUCCUUUUCGUGAUUACGCUUGUAGCAAUCGCUAUUCUUUGUCAACACACACAAGAUUCAGCCAAUAACGUUAAACGUGUCAUUAAUAAAGUUUUAAUAAAUCAAGCACAAAUGACCCAGGAUGUUAUUAAUGAAUAUGAAGAGUUUGCAUUAAGUAUCGACCAAUGGCCGUUUAGAUUAUCUGCAUUUGGAUUUUUUAAUAUUGACUGCCAUGUGAUAUCAGCUGCGAUAGCUGCUUUAACUUCUUAUAUGAUAAUUUUAUUACAAUAUACUGAUUUAAAAAAUGAUUCUGGAUUAUGA